ACGCAGUUCGUUGAGACGCCGUCUUUCCUGCCAGCUGAGCCCGAGAAUCAUGCGUGAAAUCGUUCACAUCCAAGGCGGACAAUGCGGUAACCAGAUCGGUGCCAAGUUCUGGGAGGUCAUCUGCGACGAGCACGGUAUCGACCCAACCGGCACGUACUGUGGCGACUCUGACCUUCAACUUGAGCGCAUCAACGUCUACUACAAUGAAGCUUCCGGCGGUCGUUACGUCCCCCGUGCUGUGCUCAUGGAUCUCGAACCUGGAACCAUGGACUCCGUUCGCUCUGGCCCUUUCGGACAGAUCUUCAGACCGGACAACUUCGUGUUUGGCCAGACUGGUGCAGGGAACAACUGGGCCAAGGGUCACUACACGGAAGGCGCCGAGCUCAUUGACUCGGUGCUUGACGUCGUUCGCAAGGAAUCUGAAUCAUGCGAUUGUCUUCAGGGCUUCCAGGUCUGCCACUCUCUCGGAGGUGGUACUGGUUCCGGCAUGGGCACUCUCCUCAUCUCGAAGAUUCGUGAGGAGUAUCCUGAUCGCAUGAUGCUCACCUUCUCAGUUGUUCCUUCUCCCAAGGUUUCCGACACUGUUGUGGAGCCUUACAACGCCACUCUCUCUGUUCAUCAACUCGUGGAGAAUGCCGAUGAAUGUAUGGUUCUCGAUAACGAGGCCCUGUAUGACAUCUGCUUCCGCACCCUCAAACUUACGACUCCCACUUUCGGUGAUCUUAACCACCUUAUCUCUGCUGUCAUGUCUGGCGUCACUUGCUGCCUUCGAUUCCCUGGCCAGCUGAACGCCGAUCUUCGCAAGCUUGCGGUGAACCUUAUUCCGUUCCCCCGCCUUCACUUCUUCAUGGUUGGUUUCACGCCUCUCACCUCCCGAGGCUCACAGCAAUACCGUGCCCUCACUGUUCCUGAGCUCACCCAGCAAAUGUGGGAUGCAAAGAACAUGAUGUGUGCUGCAGACCCCCGCCACGGCCGCUAUCUCACCGCUUCAGCCCUUUUCCGUGGUCGCAUGUCCACGAAAGAAGUCGAUGAGCAGCUGCUCAACGUUCAAAACAAGAACUCUUCUUACUUCGUUGAGUGGAUCCCGAACAACGUCAAGUCGUCCGUGUGUGACAUUCCCCCGAAGGGCCUCAAGAUGGCAGCCACCUUCAUUGGCAACACGACAGCGGUCCAGGAAAUGUUCAAGCGGGUCUCCGAGCAGUUCACCUCAAUGUUCCGCCGCAAGGCUUUCCUCCACUGGUACACCGGCGAGGGUAUGGACGAGAUGGAGUUCACAGAAGCCGAGUCCAACAUGAACGACCUUGUCUCCGAGUACCAGCAGUACCAGGACGCGUCUGCCGAAGAGGAGGGCGAGUUUGACGAGGAGGAAGAGGACGCGUAAACGAGUUUGACGAGGAGGAAGAGGACGCGUAAACCUCGAAGAGGUAGUCUCUCCCUACAAAAAUGUGUCUGAUGAGGUCUGUAUUGACAGCAAAGUCUUGUAGUUCACUUUUUUUUUGUAACGUUAUUUCAAAACGCCUCUUCCUGACUUACGGUUACGUUGGUCUUAAUAGAAUAGUAUAAGAAGCGAAGCCUGCGUACGUAUACAAUGAUAAAUACUACAUGCUACUCU